GCCGGCAAUGUCGAGCUGACUCGCCUCUAGGGUGGGGCAUUCAGUGCGUCUGCGCGCGGUCCGGCGCCGCGGUUCUUGACUGGGCUGCGCUGGCCGGUGUAGCCAUGCAGAACGCUGACUCCGAGCAGCCGUUCAAGCGGCCCCGACGCGAUGGCAGCCCAAGAACCCCGCCAAGCGCCCACACUGCAGCGGCAGAGAAAUCCCCGGGCCACGAACUCCACCCCGACCACAAGACCUGGUGCCCUGAGCAGGUGUGCGCCUUUCUAAGGCGCAGUGGCAUCAGUGACCCCCUGCUGCAGACACGUUUCCGAGAAAAUAAAAUCACGGGUUCACUACUGCCCUUUCUUGAUGAGUCUCUUCUGGAAAAUCUUGGAGUUAGCUCCUUGGGGGAGAGAAAGAAGCUGCUUCAUCAUAUCCAAAGACUAAGUGAAACUCAAGUUGAUACAGUGAAGGUUAUUAAUGAUCCUAUCCAUGGCCACAUUGAGCUGCACCCUCUCCUCAUCCGAAUCAUUGACACACCUCAAUUUCAGCGGCUUCGAUAUAUUAAACAGUUGGGAGGCAGUUACUAUGUUUUUCCAGGAGCUUCACACAACCGAUUUGAACAUAGUCUGGGGGUAGGGUACCUAGCAGGAUGUCUAGUUCGUGCACUGCAUGAAAAACAACCGGAGCUGCAGAUAAGUGAGCGAGAUAUGCUCUGUGUUCAGAUCGCUGGGCUUUGUCACGAUCUUGGUCAUGGACCAUUUUCUCACAUGUUUGAUGGAAGAUUUAUUCCACUUGCCCGCCCUGAGGUAAAAUGGAAGCACGAAGAGGGCUCAGUCAAGAUGUUUGAGCACCUAGUCGAUUCUAAUGGACUCAGAGAUGUCAUGCAACACUAUGGUCUCAUCCCUGAAGAAGAUAUUUGUUUUAUCAAGGAACAGAUUACGGGACCACUUGAAUCCCCAACAAAGUCUUUGGUUUGGACAUAUAAAGGGCGUCCCAAAGAGAAAAGCUUCCUCUAUGAGAUAGUGGCUAAUAAAAGAAAUGGCAUUGAUGUGGACAAAUGGGAUUAUUUUGCCAGAGACUGCCAUCAUCUCGGAAUCCAAAAUAAUUUUGAUUACAAGCGCUUUAUUAAGUUUGCCCGUGUCUGUGAAGUAGAUAACAAGAAGCAUAUUUGUACUAGAGAAAAGGAAGUUGGGAAUCUGUAUGAUAUGUUCCACACGCGCAACUGCUUACACCGCAGAGCUUACCAGCACAAAGUUGGCAACAUCAUUGAGACAAUGAUUACAGAUGCUUUCCUCAAAGCAGACCCCUACAUAGAGAUUACAGGUGCUCAAGGCAAAAAGUUUCACAUUUCUACAGCAAUUGAUGACAUGGAAGCCUUCACUAAACUAACAGAUAACAUUUUUCUAGAGAUUUUAUACUCUACUGAUCCCAAAUUGGACAUUGCACGAGAGAUUUUAAAAAAAAUCGAAAGCCGAAAACUAUACAAGUAUGUGGGUCAGACUCAGCCAAUGGGACAAGAAAAGAUUAAAAAGGAGAACUAUGAAUCUCUUCCACAAGAGGUUGCUGAUGCUAAACCUGGUCCUGAUGUAUUGCUGCAAGCUGAACUGAAGGCUGAAGAUUUCAUAGUGGAUACUCUGCCUUUACUGCAACCUGGUUGUCCCCUGAAAAUCUGCUUCCUCUGCAGCCCCUUCAUGAAAAGCCCAUUCCUCAGGGUUAUCAACAUGGAUUACGGAAUGGAAGACAAGAAUCCUAUUGAUCACGUUCGCUUCUAUUGUAAGAAUGAUCCCAACAAAGCAAUCAGAAUUACUAAAGAUCAGGUUUCACAACUUCUGCCUGAGAGAUUUGCAGAGCAGCUGAUUCGAGUGUACUGUAAGAAGACCGAUAACAAGAGUUUGUAUGCGGCACAACAACACUUUGUUCAGUGGUGCGUAAUCAGAGGUUUCACCAAGCCACAGGAUGGCGAUGUUAUAGCCCCACUCAUAACACCUCGAAAACAGCAGUGGAAUUGCCCAGAUUUAGCCCAGAGUUCAACUCAUCACCAAGAAGCGCCCAAACCAAGAGUCCGGCUUUUUAAGGAUUGACCCUGUGUGAAAUGUGACAAAAAGCCCUCUCUCCCCAACACCAUUAAUUUAGAGACUUUGAUCAGAGUCCCACAAAUUUAGUGACAACUAGGGCUUUUUAUUUUAUAUUUUGAAUGUACACACAUGCUGUAGCUAAGUAAUUUUUUAUUCAAAGAAACAUUAAGUAUUAGGUAAAUCUUGCUAUACGUGCUGUGAAAAGUAUAGCCUUGCUUAUUUUUAAUAUUAAUUAAAACCUUUCUCCUUUAGUAGUCUAUUUUCUUAGAAUACCCACUCUUUUAUAUACUCUGAACUCUUAUGACAAAUGAUUGUUUGUUUUUCUUUUUUUAAGAUCUGGAAAUGAGACAAGGGUACACAUUGGAAUUUGAAACUGGAAUUGUCAUGAACAGCCUUGGUUAAACAUAAAAUCCUAACCCCCAAAUGUAAGGAUAACCAAAACACAUUGUCAUCAGCUCAAUUCCAAUGCAUAGCAACCCUAUAGGACAGAGCAGAACUGCCCCAUAGGGUUUCCAAGGCUGUAAAUCUUUACAGAAGCAGCCUGCCACAUCUUUCUCCUGUGGAGAGGCUGAUAGGUUCUAACCUUUCAAUGAGCAGCCAGAGUGCUUAACCAGUGUGCCACCAGGGCUCCAUAAAUGUGAGGAUAGCCCUCCUUAUGUCAUCUAAAGGUAAGUGAAAGGCGCCUUUCCUCACCCUUUUCACCCCUUAUUGCACUGCCAGGUUGGGGUAAACAGCAGGAGAUGAGGUCUAGGAGUGGGCUCCAGCCCUUUCCUGAGAGGCCCGAUUAAGUUAUUCAGAAGAUGUACAGGCUCUGGCCUCUUCUUGAGUGAGACGUAGAACACCUUUGGAAGCCUCAGUGGCAGAGGGACCCCCUGGACCUGGCUGCUCUCUGGGUCAGUUGCGGUUCCAGACCCAGGCAGUUUCUUUCUUUCUUUGCUGACUACUCACUGCCCAAGUUCCUAGGGCUUUACCUCUGACCUCCCUUCUGUAACUCCCUUGUGAGUAGAUCAGAGGUCAUCACAGGAACAUUCCUUAGGGCCUACUCAGAGUUGGGACUUCAUUUUUGCUAUUUCAGUGCAUUUUAUGGGUGUCAGAGCAAAGACUGCGGUGCCUAUGCUGAGAUUAGUGCUUACCCAGUGAAUUCCGUGUUCCCCGUGUAACUUUAUUUUUCUAACACUUUCUCUUUACCUCCAGCAGUGGAGUAAGCACUACCAUGGUUGAGCACUAAUUCACUCUGCCAAGGCAACCUCCUCACAUCCCUAGUUCUGCAGAAGUUCACCAAGGACAAAGACUGGGGUUAGAGCCCAAGCUGGUGAUGUUCAGAGGGUCUUGAAGAUGCAGGGCAGUGGGGGAUGGAAGCUAUAGGCCCCUAACAUCUUAUCCUUUGACACGCCCUUGACAAAAGCCUCCCUGAUAGGUUAGGAGUAAGGAAGCAGCCAGCAUAAGCAGGAGGAACCCAGGCCACAGGCCAGGUUAACCAUGGAGGGUUGGGAGUCCUCUUGCCUUCUAUUGUAUAACCAGGUUCUGUUCGGUUGACACUAGGAUGAAAGUAUUUGAAUGUCUCCUAUCUUGUAUUACCCCUCCCCCCAUCCCUCAUUAGACUAUUAAAGUUUAACCAUAAUCCAUAGGAGAAUAGUUGAAACCCUUCUUCCCCCACCCCCACAGUGAUGCUAUACAGAUGGCAUAUCAUUCACAUGUGGGCUUAUAGAAGCACAAGUGAGAUUGGCCAAGAUACUGGGUGCUGGUGUCAUGGCUGUCCUAGCCAAAGACCUCUAAAACAUCUAAGGGGAGAACUACAGGUCUCAGACUUCGUGUGCCCAGACCCAAGGUCAAGAAUGUAAUUUUUUUUUGUGCUAAGAUUGCUUAAUUUUUGCAUAUCCUACCUUUAAAUCAUUGUGGUUUACUCUGGAAUCUUGUAGUCCCAAUAUUGUAUCAUUGUGCUCUGAGAAACAACUUGAAUCUGUUUUGUUUGCCUCUUUUGUUACAAAUAAGGCAGCUGCACUUUAUGCUCUUUGCAACUGUUGUGAUUAUGAUAACUGUGUACCAUUCACAAGGUUGAAUUUUUCUUAAGAAACAUCUUCACUAUGUGUAUAAAAAGGGAAGCUUUAACAGCUUAGCCUCUGGAGUUACUGAACAUUGUCACCUUGAGAAUGUAAAGGAACUGCAAGUUAAAAUGACUGGUUACUUCAGUUGGGUGAGGGAAACAGCUGCAAUAAAGCUUUGUGAGUGUAUCUCCAUCUUGAAA